CAUGUAAGAGGGACACGGAGGAAGAAAGUGAAAGGGGCAGAAGUUGAUCAUGAAGCACAAGCAUUGACGAAAGGAGCACCAUGGAGUCAUGGGUCCUCUGUCCCGAAACUGACCGGGACUGGGGUCAAAGGUUGUCCUUCUGCUGGGGAGAGCCAGCGGAGCCCCCGAUGUUGAAGAGUGGUGGUCCCGCUGUCUUCUGCGAUACGAACGUCUGGAUGGACUAGCCAGCAAUGUCUCUUCUGUCCGCCUCUCACGCUCCGUGCUGGAGUGUUUGUUGUGCUCUCGCUCUGAUUUUUCUGAUGCUUCAAGAGGCAAACACUGACAUUGUUAAUGGAACCAUGCAGGACGGUGGGGGCUCCCAGUGCGGGGAGUACAGUAACCAGAUGAUGGAGGACGGAAUGUGCCGUCUGGUGGCCACGCUGCCUCAGUUCGGAGAGCAGAGGUGCCCCGACAUGUUCCGCUGCACCGAGGAGGUCUCCUACUGGCUGCACGAGAACGAGGAGAGAAAACAGCAGAUCGUGGCCUUGAAGGAGACGAUAUCUGAGCUGCAGGAGGAGCUGAGGAACCACCGGCACCGCAUCAAAGUCUUUGAGCUGCAGAAUGAGGAGAAGAACCAUGGGAACGUGUCCUUGGCUCAUCGCAUCCAUGAGUUGGAAGGACGCUACGCCGAGGCCACAACACUGCUGCACCUCCAGGGCACUUUGAUCAUUGACCUCCAGAAUAAAAUCCACAAUCUGACACUUCUGUUGGAGAAAGCAAAAAGAAGUCCUGGUUGCCUGAUCAACAUAGUGCGCCCCCACCCUCUGAUGAGCGCCCAAGAGGCUUUGCACCCAGAGAUACAGCAUGUAAGAAACUGCCCCAUCGACUGUGCGUCCAUCUACUACAACGGAGUGAGGCGAUCUGGUCUGUACACCAUCGUGCCGUCUCUCGCUCCCAUGCCUGUGGAGGUGUACUGUGACAUGGACACAGAUGGUGGAGGCUGGACGGUGAUCCAGCGACGACUCGACGGCUCUGUGAGUUUCGAUCGCAGCUGGAGGGAAUACAGAGUCGGCUUUGGUGACCUGCACUCUGAGUUCUGGCUUGGAAAUGACCAUCUACACGACCUGACAGUCCAGGGUGACUACAGCCUCCGAAUCGACAUGGAAGACUGGAGCAACCAACACAAGCACGCCCUCUAUCACAGCUUCAGUGUGGAGGAUGAGGAGCAUCAGUACCGCCUCCAUGUGUCGGGCUUCAGUGGUACGGCCUCGGACUCCUUCAGCUGGUACCAUGACAAGCAGGGUUUCAGCACCCCUGACAGUGGGAAUAUCUGUGCGGAGAUUUCCCACGGUGGUUGGUGGUACAACCAGUGUUUCUAUGCAAACCUCAACGGGGUCUAUUACAGGGGGGGGCAUUACACGCCGAACGGGGAAGGGCCUCUGGGUCCCGAUGGAAUCGUCUGGUACUCCUGGAAAGACUCGGACUAUUACUCCCUCCGGAAAGUCAGCAUGAUGAUUCGUCCGCGUGCUUUCCACGCACAUCUGUCCCCCUGAGGGCCUCCCCGAAUUCAAGCAUAUUCUCUAGUGAGGCUCAUUCACCGGCUAUUUCUGGAAACCUUUACGUUCCAUUUGGAACAUGGACAUUUUUCACUCAUUUGUGUGAAGAUAGUUAUGGACAUUUUUUCAUGUCUA